CGGCGCUCUGCGCGUCGUCGGCUUGUAGUUGCGCAAGGAACGGCUCCAAAACAACCAGCUAGCGUGCGUAUCGCAUGACACAAGGAGGCCGUCGGUGCGUUGCUGCGCGUCGCUUUGGGCCUCUAGUCGACUACGACGCCGAUCGGACGCGACGUCAAUCGAGUACAACGCGACCGUUUUAAUUUGAAUCGUGCUCCGACGAACGCGCAGUGUACCGCCCCGCCCUUGAAGAAGUUCGCACCGUAAACAAGUUCACCGUUUUCCCCGUAAAAGAUGCAGCGGGUCGCCUCCAAGUUCGGACGUUUCACGGCCGUGUUCCGCGAAAGACCCCUGGUCGCGAACAUGGUGACCUAUCCGACGCUCUACGUUGCCGCGGAAUUCACGCAGCAGACGAUCCUGAUGAGCAUCGACGAGACGCGGCGGAGGCGGGGUUACGACUGGAAGAUCAUGUUGCGGUACAUGGUCUUCGCAACCACGGUGUCCGCGCCCUUCCUCAACUACUGGUACCGGUACCUGGACCGCGUGAUUCCUUCCCGUGGUACCAAGGAAGCCAUACAGAAGGCCCUGACCGAUCAGGCCGUCUCCUCGACCCUUAUACUGGCAGCUUUCUAUCCCGCCAUGAGCGCCAUGGAGGGCAAAGAGGACAUCUUCGCAGAACUCAAGGCCAAGUUCGUUCCAACGUACAAGCUCAGUUGCUGCUUCUGGAUUCCGGCGCAGUGCAUCAACUUCUUCCUAGUGCCGCCGCAUCUCCGGGUCGUGACGGUCGGCAUCUGCUCCUUCGCCUGGGUCAACAUCCUCUGCAUCAUGAAGCGCAUGACCGUUAAGCCACGCGAGGAGGACGCCUAGAGCGACCACCGUCGGAGUACUCAAUACGUCACUACCGCCGUCGUCAAGGUGACCCGAGUGCCUGGAUGUGACGUCACCAUAUGCCUCCAAAAGGAAAAUCUCGCAUUUGGAACGACGUCACUUCCGGAAGGAGCAAACGACCGACAGUUUGCUAUACAGUGCAUCGAUCUAGUCGUCCGGAUUGAAUCGAAGAAAGCGCACAUUUACCGCAGAAUGCCUUUUUUUUCGAAGCAACUGUUAUUUCGUCUACGGGGACCAUCCGUCUCCAUAACGAAGUGCCUAACUGAUCCUGUUGACGCGCUUCGAGUGAUAUGUAUACAUCCUUGUGUACUCUACUUAGUCUCGCGAUAAAUUUAUUUUAAUGCGAAAGAGAAGUCACGGAGGCGAAUUGUCCACGCGACUGCGCUGCUGAAAACAGUUCAACUGCUAGAUGACAUUAACAGCGCAUACAUGAGCAGGAAGCGCGACAGUGCAAACAGAGGCAAAGAGCGCCGUUUGUCUCCGUUUGCACUGUUCCGUUUCCUAAUCUUGUAUACGCUGUUAAUACUUUAUAACGGACCUAUACCAACUUGUCCAAGCUUCAGCUCUCACUAGUUCAACUGCCUUAAACAGCUCACUUACUAUAACACUUAUAAUGAAAUGAAACAUAAGGUAUACGACUUGACAAAUACGGACAUCACUAUGGUGCUGAUGGGCAUUCGGGAGCGUUUACAAGAAACAAUUUUUUAAUAUAUGCAUUAGGCUGUAUAUAUUUAAGCCGCUGGCCCUACGGCGUUCGCUUUCACUCAUACAAGUUUAAGUUCGGUGCUAUAUAUAAUCAACUUUAAGUGCCUGGUAGGACA